AGCAGCGCAUAGUACCACAGAGGAGGGUAGGCUACUGACUGCUUCAUGUGUAGCUUCAGCGACGACGAGAGGUCUGUGCGAAUACACGCCACCAACAGUCUCACGGAGUUUAACGAUGGACCUUUGCGCCGACUGCAUUUGGCUUGCGGUGAGGUGCACGGUGAAGCGAGCACUCUUGCGCUCGCGCGGCACGCACUGCUGAGAUGAUGUGGGAAGGUAUGCGAGGUUACGAGGAGAACGGGCCAAUGGUAACCUCGAGACCCAAGAGCACACGUUAUUCCUAGAGCUGCCGGAUGGAUGCUGUUGGAAAAUGACAGGUUUCGGAAUACUGUGGGCUGGAGCAUCGAGGACUGUUCUCCAAUGGAAUGCAGAAAAGACAGCGCAACCGCCGCAGUAAAUGAAGUUGGUUUGUUGAUCCAUUCAUUGACUGAUAAAACUAACGGUAUACUUCACCAAAAGAGAUAACGAAAUAUAUCAGAAGACAAUAGACCUCUGUACGAACUCUUAUUUAUUUAAACAUCCGCGAAGAGCGUUUUCAUCGUCAGAGCGAAUUUAAGCACAAAAAGGCGCAUGGUAACAAUUCAUAUUAUUGUUUUGAUUUGUUGAGCAGUUUUCCAAGCGUCUCAACCGGCAGCGGUGGUCAGUCCUGAUCGGCGCGGGAUGGUCGAGACGCUGAGCAUCGCCGUCAUCGGAGCGCCUGGAGUCGGGAAAACUUCUAUCAUCCGCCAGUUCAUUUACAAUGACUUCUCCGAGACCUACACCCCCACCCAAACUAGAUACAUGUACAGACCCUCGGUCAUUCUUAACGGUGUUAUGUACGACCUGAAGAUUUUGGAUGUCCCGCCAAUUUCCUCCUUUCCAUCAAGCCCGAGUCAGGAGUGGCUGGAUGAGCGAUGUAGAGGGGUCUGCAGCGCAAACGCCUACAUUCUGGUUUAUGACAUCUGCUGCGUGGAGAGCUUUGAGUAUGUCAAGAUGAUCCGUCAGCAAAUUAUGGAUAACCGAGUGGGCAGCAGUUGUGAAGUGCCCAUCCUGGUGGUGGGCAGUAAACGGGAUCUUCAGCGGCAUCGGUUCACCCAGCGCAGGGCCGUGUCUGUACUGGUGAAGAAAACAUGGAAGUGUGGUUAUGUCGAAUGCUCCGCUAAGUAUAACUGGCAUGUGCUUCUGCUCUUCAAAGAGCUCCUGGGAAUAGCCGUGGCCCGAGGACUGCGUCCAAACCACACCUCUCUCCGUCUGCAAGGGGCAUUGCACAGGAACCGCUGUAAUGUCAUGUGACAGAUAUGCAGCCUUUUUUUUAAUUGAUAAUUAUUUAUCAUAAUUAUCUGAUUUUAACUGGUCCUAAGUCAGUACUGAAAGUUAACUUUUCUGUACCGCGAGAAUGAAGCUGUGGGGACAAACAGCUUUCAAUCAAAAUGGCUGGAAUAUUACCACCUAGGGGCCUAUGUAACUGAUGCAUUCAUCUGAUGGAUUACCUUAGGUACUACUAAUUUCACUUUCCUCCAGUGAAUAAUGGAAAAAUGGAGAUUGUAUAAGAUUGUAUAAUUUGUCUCCCCUUCCUGCUCAGAUUUAAACUCAGAUGCAGUGAGUGUGUAUUCCGGUGUGAUGGUUUUUAAUGCUUUUAUGAAGGAUGAACUAAGGGUUCAGGAAUUAUGAUGAGCAAAGGUUUAUGAACCUGUUGGAGUUAUCUGUUGUGAUCCUCAAAUUUGACCUAAAAUAUGAUCUGAUCUUUCCCCACAUUAUCGUAUCAAUUAAAUACAAAUGAGAUCAUAUAUUUUUAAACAUUUUUAGAAACUUCCUCUGUAUCAUGCAAUAUGUUAAUCUUUAGAUUACUUUCAGAAGCACUGGCUUCAAAAAAAUCCCUGUCCUGUUACUCGUUGGCCAAUUUCCCUUUUGCAAAACUGCUUCAGGACAUUAAUAAGAUCCUGCCACAGCAUUUUUCUUCAUAAACCACAGACAGAAACUUCACCUUUCUCCCAUUACAUUUGUAAUAAUUAAAUGGGCCACUUUAGACAGACUGCAAAAGUGUAUGUAAGUAUUCCAAAAAUGUGAUUGGGACAAUUUUUUUUUGGUUGGAACAGCUUUUUUUAAUAGCUAAAGGGUUUUAUCCAUAAUCUAAAGGGGGUUGCACACUGAACAACAAGUGCCACACACACACACACACAUACAAUUCACAUUGUUGUCUAUGAGAGUACACACUGGUGAAAUAGAUUGCCCCUUUCUCUAUACAUUUGCUCUGUUUUUUUCAAACACAAAACUUUUAACUCAGUGAUGCCACUUUGUUACUUCUUGAAGAGAACAUUUGAUAUUUGGUGUGAUUAGAUUAACUAUUUACUGGUGAGUUGUCCUAGAUGUGGCGUUGUGCGACUGCAUUAUGAAAGUUAGAAAAUUUGUCCUUAAAAUAGGCACAAGCAUUCUUACCGAUGAGCUGCCCUUCCAUAGACACCUCUCCAGCUCAACGUGUUGUUAAAUGGUGGAUGUAUGAACAAAGCCAAGAGAUGCCUGGAGAUCCUUAGCUGUUAUCUUGGACUUCAAUAAAUCAUGCUGUCUUAUUUAUUUACAAACUUCUUAGCACAUUAGCCAAGAUAGGUAUAUCCCAGCCUGCCUAGUAUAUACAGUAUCAUUGCAUUGCAAUUUUCUCACCAUAUGCCAAAUCUAGUAAAAAUGUUAAACAACCUACCUCCUAAAUAUAAAUGACUGAAGAAAUGAGGCACAAAAUAAUGUCUUCCACUGGUAGGAUAGAGAGGUGUUGUGCAGAUUUCAGCAAGCAUGUACAAUCAGUGGCACUCUAGAAGCUGCAAGAAGUUGUGAUAAAGCCAACAGGUCCCCUGGGGCUUCCCUAAACCUGAAGAUUUCUGCUGAACCAGGAUGCAGAGGAGGCUUACAUCCUUUACUGCAGUGCACUGCAGUCUGCAUGUUAGUGGAUGACAGCGCAAUCCACAUCCUCUCUGGAGUAUUUUUGAAUGCAGAAUACAUUAAAGUUAAAGUGCUUCAGUGUCUGCAGUGAGAUUUUUUUUUUUCUGUUACUCUCUGCUAGUGUAGUGACAUUUGGCACAAACUUCAAAUGAACUAAUAGAGAAGCUUCUGUAGACGUGCUGGUAGUCAUCACGAUUGAUUGAUUGGCUGGCUGUGUGGAAGUCUUGAUUCACAGCUGGAGCUGUCGCACUGCUACACCUAUUCUGUCUCCUACUCUGUUCUGAGGUAAUAAACUGUGGAGCUUUGGCACGCAGGUGGAAAUUCAUUAGACUGAGAAAAUUGAUGGUCCUAGAGGGUGCAAACCCACCCCGAAUGCUUCCCAUGACAGAAAAAGUUCAUAAGACAUAAUAUUCUCAGAGUGUGCUAAAAAUUGUGCUAGAAAUUCAACCUCAUUCCUCGCAAAUGCAACUCUGACAGCCAUCUAUGCACUUGUACACAUCUUACAUGACUCAAAAGAGCUAAGAACUUCUGUCAGCAGAAGGAAACAUAAAUAAGUUAGCAACUUGGGUCAUUUUUUAAAUCAUAAAGAAUCUAUUUCUGUUUAAUGGAGCUGCAUGCUUUAAUUGGCAAAACCAAAAUCAUUCAGGGGUAAAUUGCACUGAUGUACCUAUUGUACAUAACUACAUGAGUGAGUACAAGCAGAUCUUUGUAACAAUACUUGAGCAUCAUUUUUGUCUUUUUGUAUAAAUGUUAGUGUCCAAUAAGCUUAGCAUGUAGUUUAAGAUUAAGCGAUUGAGAAACAGCCAGGCUAGUGUUAUAAAACAGCAGGAAGGGGUUCUGUUUGCAUGCCACACACUGUUAAGUGCUAUGAUUGUGGACUGAGGACUAGACAAUGUAGCAGAAUAUGUCCUGUGCUAGUAAAGUUAAAGGAUUUAGACUGAACAUUCAGAAAGGCUGAAUAUAGAUUGUGUUGGUAAGACUGUCUGAUUAUUUUUUUCCUCAUAUUAUUUUUUUUUGGUUUAGAUUUUAAAGGGCUACCUGCUUUUUAAAUGGAAAAAAUCUGUUUUCUUUUUAGUAGUUAUGUUUCAUCAAGGAAAAAUGAAUAAACCCUUACAAACGA